AUGGCGGCGCGUGUGACAGGCGCGCUGGCGGCGGUGGCGGCGGUGGCGGCUGUGAUGCUGGCGGACACAGCCACGGCGACCAACAGCGGGGAGCGCGCACUCGUAGUGGGCGAGGUGCGGUUCGGUGCGCUGUUCGCAGUGCACGGGGCGCCGGUGGAGGCACGCGCUGGUUCGCGCUGUGGGGCGGUGCGCGAGCACUACGGCAUCCAGCGCGUGGAGGCGACGCUGCUCGCGCUCGACGCGAUCAAUGCGGACGCGUCACUGCUGCAGGGCGUAGCGCUCGGCGCCGAGUUGCGGGACUCGUGCUGGGCCCCACCGACUGCGCUGCGGCAGACCAUAGACUUGGUGCGUGACGCCAUCACGCCCGCGGAGACUGCCGACGAUGCGGACCACACUCGCAACCAAAUUUCAGCCAAUUGUAGUCAGGGCCCUGGCACGUUAGGUGGCAGUAGGAGCAUUAGCAGUGGCAGAGCCCCACUGCUAGGUGUGCUGGGCCCCGGCGCCAGUUCCGCCGCCAUGCAAGUACAGAACCUACUGCAGCUGUUCUCUAUUCCUCAGGUCGUAUGA